GUCGUUCAGUGGAAUUAGUCGCACGCGUUUCGAUUAAUGUUUCAAAGGCUUUAAGCCAAAUUGGAAACUUUAGUGGGUCACCAUUAAAGACUUCUGGUUUUGGAAGGGGGAGACGACUUUGGGCAUGACUUUCUACUAACUUGUUUAGAGCAGUGAGGUGGGUUUGUAAGAUGUUCGGGUUCUCUAUGUCUGAAGUGGAAUGAUCUUCGUUCGUACUUCUCACAUUCGGUUGUCCUUGUUCGUACUGUGAGGAAUCAUUCGCUGUAGGUGGCGUAUAGUAACGAGCGUCAGGAUUCAACGUACUGACAGCUUGAUUCUCUACAGGUGUUGUAGGACUUGCCUCUUGGUUGGAGGUGAAGUUUCCAGGAUGCUCCAAUUCUGUUAAGGGUGAUGCGUCUGGUGACGACUGAGACUGGAGGAAGCGCUCGACGCGAUCGGGUGCAUUAUCACCACAAGGGGUCUCUUCAAUGGUUCUGAAUGAUUUUUCUUCACCCUCGAACCGUGUGCAGACGUCAAUUCGAGCUUCCGCUUCGGCGAGUUCCUCUCUAAUCUUGAAUCUUUCAUCAGUAAGAGUAAUUUGCUCUUUAACCUUCCGCUCUUCGUUUUGAAUCUCUUGUAGUUUGCCUUCAAUUUCUUGUAAGGCCAAUCGAUUUGCUUGAUCGAAUUUCUCCUUCUCACGAGCAAUACGCAUUUUGGCCUUGAGCACGGCUGCAUUCUCUUCCAGUUCUUGCCUCCUCUAUCUGUUCGAUGGAGGAACCGAGGAAUUAAAUCGUAUUAAAUCAAAACUGACAAGCCUUGAUCAGACAUAUUAUACUGUACAUUUGUAUGUAAAAUUCAAUUCGUUUCCAUUUCAUAUAUACUUUUCUGUUUUUUAGAUCUUACUCGUCGUUUUCAUAUAUUUACUGAGUUUUUCCAGCACGUUCUACAUAUUGCUAACAGACCAUGGUAGCUUCCGUAAUAUGUAUAUUUCCCUCGUUUCAACAUUUGUCACCAUGGCAUCUGGCCUUGAUGAUUAUCAUAAACACUUUGUCAAAUAUGGAUGGAAUACGGAGACUUAUGAAAUAAAGCUGGUGAUUCUUAUUUUGUUUAUACUUGUCAUGAUGAUUGUUGUAAACAAUGCUCUGAUUGGUCUAGCUGUUGGUGAUACCGAUGAAGUGAUGAAAUCUGCAAAAAUUGAUAAAUUUAAACAAAGGGUACGUAUAAUAAAACUGAUUAAGGGGGUCUUCCACCCUAAAAACAUUUUUUUCAAUUUAAAGGUUUUAUCAUCAUAUUUGAGUCAAAUAUGAUGGAAUAUCCUCAGCUGACGCAGGAUCAGUAACUUUUACAUUCGUCGUUGCCAUAGUAACUAAGAUAGGCCUCGCUAUAGGGUAAAAUAUAGGAUUUGCUCCAAAAAUGAUGUGAGCCAAACUAAUUUACCGAGGAUUUUAGAAACAGCUUUAAUGGACACUUAAUACAUCGAUCUAUGUCAUGAACCUAAAAAAAUAUACAAGUAAUAUAAUAAGGCCUUCAUAUUUUACUUUUUUAAAAUUAUAUGAAGAAAGGAGUUCUUAUAAGGCUACUCUUGCAAUGUAUAUUGCUGAUAUAUGAAGUUUUUUUGGUCCAUGACAUGGCUAUGUAACAAGCAAAUAAACUCUGAAAAUUUCGAACGAAUUGAUUCAGUAUGAACAGUAGGAGAGUUUUUAGUAUUUCGCAAAAUGCUCAUGUGAGAAAAGCGAUUUUAAAGUUUUUGCAUAUAUUAGAAUAACUUAGAUAGAACAAUAUAAUUGAAAAUGGAACAAUAGACUAAACCAAUCGCAUAUCUUUAUCGCUCCGGGUAAAAUCGUGGUUUUACCCUACGAAGGUGUAGAAUUUGCUGAAUUUCUCUGGUUCACGGUACAUUUUCGUUCUUAAUAUUACACGGAUUUUAUAAAGAACGCUAUAAAGACUACAUUUUUACGUUUUUUUAAAAAAUAACGAAUAUUGGAAAAUUUGGGUGGAAGACCACCUUAACUUAAUUAAAAAGAUUUGUUGGUCGAUAUUAUUUCAAAACUGGAAACUAUUGAAGCUGAUCGAUUUUAGCGAUAACCUGAAAUUUUCGACCUCUUGAUAUAGUAGCGGCCCUCCGCAAGUAUCCCCUAAAGCCUGUUACUUCCACAAGUUGACGGUGAUAUACAUGAUGAUUAAUUAACAAUUAUUCGCCGUAGGCGAGGUGAUUAUCGGGGAAUAUUCGCCGAGACGAAGUCGAGGUGAAUAUUUCCCGAUAUUCACCGAGCCUGGGGGCGAAUAAUAGUUUUAAUAUUUUUACACAAGCUUUUGUGUUUUUUGAUACUGAAUUUAUUUUAAUUUCGCUUAUUUCUUUGUCAGUAAAGUUCCACAAAACGGGUAGCCGCCAUUUUGAAAAUUUCUGUUUUGUUAUAUUCACCUGUAGGUGAAUAUAACAGCUUAUUACGUCAAAUUUGACCAAUCAACGUGUAGGAUUUCUAUGUUCACUUGUGCAAAAGUACUAAUUAAGUUUAUUUUCAUUUGUAGGCUGAAUUUAUUAUUCAUUUGGAGAAAAGUGUAAACAAAAUCUCUUGGCUGAGAGCAACAGAAGAUAAAAUCCUCAUCGUGUUUCCUCAACGAAAAAAGAAUCUUCAUAAAAAAGCCUUGGACUUGCUGUACUUCGGCAGCAAAAUGGAUGCAGUCGACGGUGGGAGUGAGAAAAAUGAGGAUGAACACGAAAUGGACAUUACGUUAGAAGAUCAUAUUGAAAAAGCAAUUGAAAUUAAAUUAGAAAAUCUUCGUUCAAGCUUACGAUAUGAUUUGAACGAAAUCCAGGAUCAAAAUAAAGAGGACCGUAAAGCCUUGGAAGGAAAGAUGGAAAUGAUAUUAGAAAAGUUGAAAGAAAUGAAGAACUAUACAAAAGAUUAAUUAUUAAACAUCUUCACAAAUCCAAGAUCGAUGAAAACGAAUUGAUAUCUUGAUAAAAACCUUUAAUUGCUCAUUUUUAAUCAUUCAAUAUAUUAUAUUAACGGGAAUUAGAGUUCUAACUGUAUUAUCGUUACAGCAGUCAUGUGACUAUUUGGUAGACCAACUCUCUCGGGGCAUGAGGCGGAAUUUUGGAAUCGGAAUUCUUUCACUUUUUGUCUGUAAAAUAUGGAUUUUUUGUUUACUGCUCAAUGCCAAUGGAAUGAGUUAAAAAUGUGACAUGGAAUACGGAAUUUUCAAUUUUAACACUCUUAUACAGGGUGUAUAAAAAAACUAAACAGAUUUGAAAUUGCUCUAAAUUUCGCAAAACAGCUAUUAGUAACCAGUUUUUUAUAUAUAUGGCUUCUUUGGGUACUUCUAAUGUAGAAUAAUGCAAAAAUUUCUCGAACACAAAUUUUGUAACAUGGGGGGUGUCUUUUCCGACAAACUAAAAAUGGCUUGCGCACGAGAUUUAAAAGCUAUAAUCGUAUUUUGAGUUAAUGGAUGAAAAAUGUGUUGGAUGUUUAAUUGCUGCACAAAAUUUCAGACAUUUUGCUUCAGUUUAAGCCCUUCAACUAUUCAGGCAAACUUACAUUUUUCCUAAAAAAUCAGCAAUUUGCAUGCUUAAGUAAUGCAUUUGCCAAUUUGCAUAUGCCAGCAAUAUGCAAAUGUCCAGCAAUAAUUAAGCAUGCGAAAGGCUGAUUUUUUAGGAAAAAUUGGAUAAUUAAAGGGCUUAAACUAAAGAAAAUUGUCUGAAAUGUUGUACAGUGGUUAAAAACCUUAAAAACCCAACAAAUUUUCCAUCGAUUAACUCAAAAUACGAUUAAAGCUUUUAAAUUUCGUGCGCAAGCCAUUUUUAAUUUGUUGGAAAAGACACACCCCCUGGUUCACAAAAUUUGAGUUCGAGAAUUUUUUUCAUUAUUCUACUUUAUACUUAAGUACCCAAAAAAGCUAUAUACAUAAAAAAACUAGGUACUAAUGGCUGUUUUGCGAAAUUAAGAGCAAUUUCAAAUUCUUUUUUUUUAUACACCCUGUAUACGUUUUCAUAUAUGUUUUUAUGUUUUUCCCAAAGUCAAUUUUGGGGUAUUUAAUUUUCUCAGAAUGUGUAAUUCUUGAGUUCGAAAAUUCUGCCUUAAUAUCGCCCGAAACUCUCAGGUAUAAGCGCUAUUAUAUGAUUAUCUCGUCUAGCCUCUGACUCGAUCAAGAAUAGCAGCAAGGGAUAGCCAUGCACAAAACGAUAUCAUAUAUGUUAAACAAAAUGCCUGUUGAGCAUAAUGUUGGUCAUAGGUCCGAUGUCACAUGUUAAUUAAGUUAAUAAAAAACAAAGGCAGGAUUCAGACACCUUAUUUAUUACUAGCGCUAGCCUGGAAUAUAUUUCUAGCCUUCGUAUUUAUAGCCUGGGAUAUAAUGUAGAUCAGACUUAAGCCAAAUUAACAGCUUAGAACAUUUGGGAGUGUUGGAAAAUAUACGCGUGACCACCACGCGUAUAUUUGUGACGUAUUUGUAAUAAUUAAUAUUUAUCACGUAUAUCACGUGACGCGGGACAAAAGAAUGUUUUGUAGUUUUUGAGAUUUUUGUAGUUGCAUGUUGAUUCCGGCGUUUUUGAGUAAAAAUAUAUUUCUGAGUUUUUGAAUACGUUUUAGUUUUUAUAUACGAAUGGGUAU